GCAGUGUUGGACAAAAUUGACCUAUCUGAUUUGUAGUUUGGACGUGACACUCAACUUACCUCAACAGCAUUUAACUUGCUGUUAAGUCAACAACAGUUGAACGAUGUUGGAUAGUCUGGACGGGUAUUUACGCAGAGCAGCGACGACAGUGUGAUAUCUCGCAAAUGAUCACACGUAAACCGUGAAAUGCAGGCUCUUGUCUGUUGACCUGAAUCAGGCUUAUGUUAUAUCUGUUAAUGUAAAUGUAAUUGAAGACCUCCGGCGUAGAGAGUCAAACCACAGCAGCAGCAACAGCGGCAGUCCGAUAGUUGGCAAAUGGUUACACACCAUGUACCUGUGGAAUACGGCUUCCUAACCGUUAGGAACGUUGAGAUAAAGGUAGAGAACAAGGCACGUCGGGUGUCACAUGUCACGCGGGAUAAGAGGUCGCCAUGGCAACCAGUGGAAGUUUUGUAACGGACGAGCCCCAUGAAGGACGUAAACUAAAGGAAGGUUUUGAGCGCCAUGUUUUCAUCACUCACUGCGAAGCGGACAACGAGUUUGCCAAGAAUCUGUAUCGGAAACUUCAGGCUAAAGGCUUUCAGUGCGGGAUGGCUUCACAGGACUUCAUGGGGGGCGUUCAGAUUUUCGACCAGAUUAUCACUUUCAUUGAGACAUCCGAGAAAAUCCUUUCCUUGAUCUCAAGACAAUCCCUGAAGAGCUACUGGUGCACACUGGAGCUCUCCUUGACACUGGAACGCUCCAUUGACAACGACAGACUGGCUAUUGUCCCAGUGCUCUUGGAUGUGGAGACAAAGGAGCUUCCCGAUGUGCUGAGACAGCUCGAGUGCAUUGAUGGGAAGGUGGACGGCUUCCUGGACGAUGUCAUGAACAUGAUAAUUGGUCCGGAUGUGUCUGUAGAGUCCUUACUUCCCGUGGGUAAUGUGGGUCAUGGCUUCGCGUGGUCGUACUACUACAGCUUCCUCAAAAUCCUUUUACCAAUUCUUAAUGAACGGAUUCAAAAGUGUCCCCACUGGCAAUCCGACCCUAAACGCCGGUGUAUACCACGAAGGAUGUACCUCCUAUUACCGGAAAGCUGUAUAUGUCCUGGGAAACUGACGGAUUGGGACAAGAGAAUCGUGGCUGACACGCCACUAGAACCCGUGAUAAGGUGGAGAGCUGGCAAGGAACGUACAUAUAAGAACUCUGUUUACAAAAUACAAGAUGACAAGACGUUUUACUUUCUUGGCGAGUUUUGUUCGGUGGUUCAACCUAUGAACGACAUGGAGGUAGGCGGAAUCGCCCGGAUGAGCGCUGACGAAAAGAAACGUCAGCUGUACCGCUUUAAAUGUACCCUGGAAGAUAUACUUGGGUAUUACCACUCAAACAAGUACAGACUCAUUCUGUUUAAUGACACUGAUGGUAACAUUGAUGAUGGCAGAGUGUCCCAAGAACUUCUCAAGCUGAUCAGGGAGGAUAUACGUGCCGACAUUGAGGCGGAGAAACUGAAUGCUUGUGAACCAUCUUACCUAAGGCAAAAUACCUGUCAGGAUAGCUCUCAAAAUGACGAAUUCCGCCAUGGAAACUGGCAAUGGCGGCGUUGGUAUGGAAACUGAAAAUGGCGGUGUUACUAUGGAAAUUGACCAUCACCCGAAAACAGGGGAACCGGAAGCCAGCCGGAGUCUGGGUUUUAAUGAACACUGGAAAUAUCAUGCUUUUAUCAUGUACGGUGAGGAGAAGAAGACCGGAAGUUUGCGAUAGCAUUAACAAAUUUUCUUGAGAAAGAAAAACACAUGAAAUGCGCUGUAAAAAGAUCGCGACCUGAGCGCCAAUAAGCAGAUGUUAGAGGAAAUGCGGGAAAUGACGAGGCGAUCCAAGAGAACGAUCUUGAUCCUGUCUGAUGAAACGUCUGAAAACGUUCUAACGAUCUUCCACAUGCUGAGAGUGCCGAAUAAGGACGAACUUGAGCAAUCGGUCCAGCCAAUACCAGUGCUACGAGGAACGCCCA